UCCGGAGUCGCGAGCGGCCGCGGCGUGACGACUGUGGCAGAGAAGACCCGAGGGGCUCUGCGUUCUGGAGUGGCGCUGCUUGGUCGGGUGGCAGAUCGCAGGUUGCUGGUGCCGCGGCUAAGGAGAACGGCGAGUCGGUUCGGCAUUUGCGGUCGGGUCCCCGCAACGAUGAGUGCUGCCAGGGAGUCCCAUCCGCACGGGGUGAAGCGUUCAGCCUCCCCAGACGACGAUCUUGGAUCUAGCAAUUGGGAGGCAGCAGACUUAGGUAAUGAAGAAAGAAAACAAAAGUUCUUGAGACUUAUGGGCGCAGGAAAGAAAGAACAUACUGGCCGUCUUGUUAUAGGAGAUCACAAAUCAACAUCUCACUUCCGAACAGGGGAAGAAGACAAGAAAAUUAAUGAAGAACUGGAGUCUCAGUAUCAGCAAAGUAUGGACAGUAAAUUGUCAGGAAGAUAUCGACGACAUUGUGGACUUGGCUUCAGUGAGGUAGAAGAUCAUGAUGGAGAAGAUCAUGUGGCUGGAGAUGAUGAUGACGAUGAUGAUGAUGAUUCACCUGAUCCUGAAAGUCCAGAUGACUCUGAAAGUGAUUCAGAGUCGGAGAAAGAAGAAUCUGCCGAAGAACUUCAGGCUACUGAGCACCCUGAUGAAGUGGAGGAUUCCAAAAACAAAAAAGAUGCAAAAAGCAACUAUAAAAUGAUGUUUGUUAAGUCCAGUGGUUCAUAACUCCCAAACACUUGGUCUUUGUAUUAAAAGUAAGCCUUAUUGUUAUAAUGCACAGUGGAGGACUGCUUAUAGAGCACAGACCUUUGUAUUAUAAUUUUUAAAAAGGCCCUUUUAAGUAAUUACAAAGAGUGUUUGCUUUCAGAUGCCAUGGGUUACACUUUUAUGGGCAUGACUAAAACCAUUUUUGUAAAGAGUAAGAGUUGUAUUAAAUAAGAAAUAAAUACAAUACGUAAUUUCCUUUCAUAUUAGCAUCAUCAAACCUCUAAUCUCACUGUUUUACCCCUUCAAAUAGAUACAGGGGAGACACGUUUUUGUUUGGUAGCUCUUUUUUGGUUUCUUCAUAUUCUCAAAGUUUAUUUGAUACUGUGAUGUGUUCAUGGAAAAAUUAUACUUUGUUAUAGUAGAACUAUUCAUCAUGGAUAUUUCUGCUGCCAAUAAGUCUAAAUGUUGGCAAAAGAUUAGGUACUUAGUUUACUCUUUCUGAUUCAGCUCUACUCUUUUUGGACCAAAGCAGCAUGAGAGCAAAUACUUUUCACACCUGUUAGUUUGGGAUAACAACUGUCAUACAUUUGAAUGCUAUGAUCCCAAGCAGUCUUUAUAUAAUUUGAAUUAUACUGUAUGUUAGAUUUUUGGUAAUAUCUGGCCAAUUUUUACAGAAAUUAUUUCUCUGAUCAUUUAGUCCUAUCAAUUUAGGCAUAUGUAAAACAAUAUUUUAAGGUUAUAUGUCACCAAAGUUAAUUUUCUUCCUAAGGCCUAAAUAAAGAGGAAGCAGUUUUCCGUAUUUGGUUGUGAUACCUUUAUCCUCAUUAUCUAAGAAUGAGGAGCAGGCUUAUUGAACAAAAAGCUGAAACAAAUUCUCCAUUUUAUCCCAGUGCUGUUUAUCUUGAUUAUCUAAUUCCUAUAAAGUAGUAUUGCUUUCUGAUUUUAUUGCUACUUCUGUUAGAGUAAGAUUAGAGUCAUCUGCUGUUAUGUGAUUGAUAUGUACAGCAGAUUUACACAAACUGCAUUAUGGGCUAGUUAAUGAUCUUCGAGUAUUUGGGUCCAAAAUAUUAAUGUUUCUAAGUAACAUGUUCAAAGCCUUGAGUCAAACCUGUUUGUUUACUGAACUAUUAUACCUAGAUACUUAAGUGUUUGACGUGUUGGGUUUUUUAAAUUAUUCCUGUCAUUUUGAAAUUUAGAAUGUGUUAGAAGAUUGUAGCAACUAGAAUAGGUGAUUUCUGAUUUAUGCAAUCCAUCCUGCAAUAUUUUUCAUAUUAGAUUCCUAAUGUUUCUUUUUUUUCUUAUUUUAUAAUAGGUACUACCCAAUAUCAAAAUACUGAGUAAGUGGGUAGUGGACAGGAUGUAUGAUACUUAACAAAAUUUAGUUUAAACAGGUUUGGCUUUAUUCAACAGAUUUCGCUUUGGUUACUGAUUUCCAAAUAUCUAGUCUGUAGAGAGUUGCUUAUUACAAUUCAUUUAAGUAGAAAGUGAAGACUGAUUCAUGUUUAAGAGUAGAAGAGGAAGAGACUAGUAUGUUUAAAAAGUAUUUUCAUCAAUUCAGAUAUGCUGCGUUGUUUAUAAAUUCUGGUUCUUAUAUGUAAAUAGAAGAGCCUUCUAAAAUAACUACACUCAAAGACCUUUUCUUCAUCUCCAAAUAGAGAAAUUCUCAUUAAAUUGAUUUAUAUUAUUGGACAUUAACGUAAUACAGGGUUGGAAUAAAUUUAGGUCUGUUGGUCCAUGUGGCCCAGUGUCCCAGCACCACAUUAAACAUCAUGGCUGUCUUUUAAGCAUGAA